AUGAAAUCCUUGUGGGGGCUACAAGAUACUUGUCUCAAUGCUGUUCUUUGCUGUACCUGGUUAAAUAGCACUGUUAAACCCGCGUGUUGGCCGUAUACACCGCUGGUUGGGUUCGGAUUCGACCUGACGUACAACAAUCUCUUUUGCUUUCAAGAUUCCGCUUGGCUAAACGAUAAUGCCAUGCGUGCUUUUGCGGUUUGUCUCGCACGGUACAAGAACAAUUGUACAGUCGUCAUUCCGCCUCCCAAAAAAGCCAAAGAUGCCAAGAAUGUAACCCAACCAAAGGCCACCAAAAGUCGUAUCUCUACAAGCACGCUCGACAAAGUUGGUGAAAGUGUUGCCUCGCACCAAUUCGUGCUUCUUCCUAUCAAUUUUGGUGGCACGCAUUGGGGAUGCCUCGUGGUUGACCGAGACACCAAUGUUAUCAAGAUGUACGACAGCAUGGGCGGUAAGAGAAACAAGAAACGGUUGCAGAAGAUGGCUGAAGAAAUCCGUACUGGGCCUCUACGUGACGAUUCCUACGAAGCUUUGGAAGUAACCGAGCCGAUGCAAACGGACAGUGACAGUUGCGGUGUGUUUGUGUGCCGGUUUUUCUGGACUUGCGUGAGCAGCGAAUCCCCCAGCGAUGUGUCCCCAGCUGGUAUUACGAAGCUGAGGUGGGAGAUGCUGCACGCAGUCAUGAAGUUGAGGCCGCGCUAG